AAACGAAAAUGACAUUUACCAAGAUGGCGCUGGGCGACAGAGAAAAGUGAUGAGAGAAUAGAACAACAAGAGAUACAACUACAUAAUAGUGUACAUCUGUGUACCCUGUGCGUCUAAUUUAAACCAGACCUCUAUUUUAUCAUCGGGAAACUGUCAACCGCAUGCCGAGAAACCGCGCUGGUCUGCGGAGAUUUCAGUGUUUAGCCAACUGUUUGCUAACUAGCUGCUAAAGUAGCUAGCGGGGCUAACGCUCGCUGUCUGCGGAAGGCGAGAGGGGAGAAGCUGGUGGAGGCAGCUCCGAGUACGAGCCAACCAGCCAAGAGACCGCUACCUUUGAUACCUCGACCGGCCUGACAGAGUUUGAAACACUGCCAGGGUCGUGCAGAGCAGGACAGUAACCUCCACAGUUCACACGGAUAGCAGAAAAAGCCGAGGAAAGGCGUCCUCUUUGCUGAUCUGACGCCAUGGCUCAUUCCCCUAUUCAGAGUGGACUACCAGGAGUUCAGGUGAAUACAAGGGUUUUGUUUGAUUCACUAACUUUCCGUUUGUUUAUUUCACUCAAUGUUCCUCCUUUUGUCAGUAGCUCGGAAGUUGAGCUGGAUGACUUUACAUAACUUUAUCUGCAUCGUUAUCGCGUUUUACACAAUCAGCUUGAUUUCCAGCGUUAUAGGAACGUGUUUGUCAAAGUCCAGCAUCUGUAAUGAGUCUGUGGUGUGAGUGAACGAUAACAAGACUGUCUGCCUGCCUGCCUGUCUGUCUGUUAGCUGUCAGCUGUCAAAGUCAGCAUGUUAUGAAUAACUGACAGUCGGUAAAAUCAUCACCUAUAGAUGUAUUCUGUCUGAGUUUUUAUUUACUCACGUUGGAAUAUAUAAUUGGGGCUAAAAAACUGUAUUUUAAGUGAACGUGUUUAUUAAUAAAUUAUGAAACAUUUCUUGGUAAAGGUACAGAUCAAGUACAGAACAUUAUACAGUUAUUCAGCAGCCAUCCCUUAAGAUAAGAUCAGAUAAUCAUUUAUUAGUCCCUGGGGGACUAAGGUGAAAUUUCAUAACAUGAAAUACUUACCUGGACAUGAGAAAUAGAUAGUGGUCCACCAUUUUAUUGUUACUUAAUUUUAAAGUGCAUCCAUAUCUCUGCCAAUCUCCCCUCAGCAUUAAUUCUUCCUAACAUGCUUAUCGUCCUCCCAGUGGGACAUUCAGGGUUCUCCAGUUUUACCAAAUUUAUUACUCAGUUAGACUUUAUUAAGUCUUACCGCUACAUUAAGUUGAGUAGUGAUAAUAUCUAGUUACCCUGGAAGACAGCCAUGGAUGACUGGGGAGAGUGAAACCCAGCCACCUUCCUAGUAGCUCCAAAAUCUUACUCCAGAAUGGAUGCACUGCAACCUUUGUGGAGCAAAAGUUGACCUAUAUGCAUGCUAUAAUUUUGACAGUUCCUGCGGUUUUAUGUUUGACCAACAAUGCGUUACUGUUUGUCGGUCAAUUAUAAACCAAAGCCAAGAUGUAACAAACAGAGAGCCAUGUUUAAGAGAAAGGAAUCAUCCAAUCAUCACUUUGUUAGCUUGAAAAAUGAUGAUACAAAUCAAUAGUUGCCCAAUUGAUGUUAGGCUGCUCCAAAAAUUUCUUUUGAUUGUUUAGUCUUGUCAGGAUGUUGAUUCUCUGAGGAGUAGCAGUCAAUAGGACUUAGGACUUAUUAUUUCCCUUAAAAGUUAUAAGUCUAGGAUGUCACUGGUCUAGCAGCCUUAUCAUGCUUCACAUGGGCGGCUUGGGUUCGAUGUCAGCCUCAGUUAUGUCACAUCAACUGUUGUAUCCUUUCCAAAUGCAGGCCAAAUCCCAGAAAAUAAUUCUCUGAAAAAUUAUCAAAAGUCAAAUGGGGUACACAGUGUGUGAAAAUGGAAGUAUUUAGUGAUAUCUAGCAAACAGUUUCUAGUUUGAAGCGCUCCCUCGUUUCUUUUUCCAAUUAGUACAGGUGCGACAGUGGCCCUCUAGGGCAAGAAGCUCCUGUAUUGCAUGAGGAAAAUAAUUCUCCAUUUGUCUUUUUUUUUAAGAAUUAUACCUAAACAAAUUCCGUUUUUCACAGAUACCAAAACUUUGGUCUUCUUCUUCCAACCAAUGCAUUUCAGAUAGCUUCUUACUAGAUACAAAACCUAAAUGGUCUUUACUAUUUUGUCCUUUCUGUGCUUCUGUAGAAACAUGGUGGUGCAAUACAGUGGCCUCUGUGGAAAGGGAACCGCUCUUAUGUAGCUGUGAAAGACUCACUCUUGGUCAACAACAAAAAACAAAACAUUUUUUUAUAUUCAAAGGGAGAUUAUAGAAAUUUAAACACAUUUUUGAAUAUUCUAUUCAAAUUCUACCAAGUCUGUUCAGCUCGAUGUUGUAAAAAUGAAAGUCAGCUCAUCAAUAAUCUGUUGAUUGACUAACAGUUUCUGCUCUAGUUCUCGUAAACCACACUGAGGUUUUUCUCAGUUUAGCCAAAAGUCACUUCACUCCCCUAAAAUACAUUGGUUUUGAAAAUGUAGUACCUGGCAGUCAGUUGAUGCCCUCUGUUGAAGAAUUAGAAACAAGUGAGUAAAUUACUGUCCACGUAAGAACGACAUCCUGCUGGGUGACGCUACCCAAACACACACAAUUACGUAAUGGAUUGCACAUGAUACUACUCCUUCUCCAGGAUAACUGUCUCAUUGGCACAUGCACUGAUCAUUUGAGCCCUUUCUAUUUUUCACUUUUUGCACCACUACUUUUAUGUGACCAUCCUUAAAUAUAAGUUUGACUACUUUUACAGAACAGGUUUUUAAGGCCAAACCCUGAACCUACUGGUUUCUGUGCAGAGGACUGUUAGCAGUCGGAGGUCUGGCAGAGAGCCUUCAAACACGAGGGUGUGGUGCGUGGAUGACACUAGACUACACAGUUGUGUGGUGCAGAUGGGAGAGCAUCAAACACAUGCUUUUAGAGCGAGGUUCAGCCAGCUUUAGUUGUCACUGCAAACCUGCUGACUGUGGAUAUGGCAAGUACAUUCCCAUCAUGUGUAGUCUGUGGCAGCAGCGCCCUUGUUGUUUUUUUCCAUUGUUUUUACAGAGGUCAGCCUCAACAUUAUAAUUUUCACCUGGAUGACUGACCACAACCAGUGUUAUGAUAGUAUUUUGGACAUGUUGUUUUUACUUUGUCUUAUUCUGCACCACUCUGUCUGUUUGUCUUUGUUGUCGAGUCCCUUCGCUAUCCUAUUCAGCAGCCCCCUCAUUGCUCAUUUUUCAAAGCGCAGCUGCCCAUCUCGACCCCAUAUAGGUUUGACCACCAUGCAUUAGCCUUUUUACAGGAAACUGCUCUCUAGAGAGGACUAAAACAAUGUAAAGUAUGCCAACAGAUCAUCCAUCCUCUCAGGACUGGGUUACCUGGUUUAAAGCACUGAGCCUUUUUGAUUCAGUUCUUCGAGAUCAAGCAUACUGCAAAAAACACAUUUCCAAUAUGUGUUGUGAUGCUUUUUGAGGCUUGUGUUUGAAAUAUGAUUAUUAUUAUUGAAGGGAUGGCACUGCAAACACAGCUCAAGCAGUUCAGGCUAAUGAUUCUGCUGCAUGAAGGGAAAUUGAACUGGCCAACUUAAAGACCAUUAUUCCCUCUCUGGUGCCCUGUGGGAAAAUAAGCCAUUUAGUCAAGUCAAUAAGUCAAGCAGCUGUCUUACAGUUGGUCUUGGGCGGUUGUGUUGGUGGUGGAAAUCAUUCAGCCUUAGGUACAUCUGUGUUACACUGCAUUUCAAUUGAAGUGUCAAAUUGAUCUGAAAAUUUCAAUAUUCAUUUGCAUGCAGAAGUUGAGGCCAUGCCAAAGAUGAGUAUAUAUGGCACUUAAUAAAUUGGGGUUUGCACUUGUGGGCAAUCUGUUUCUGAGACUAGAUCUCCUGAUUAUUGUAAACUUGAGAGGUAGAAAGCAGGAAAACAAAACUGAGAUAUCGCCAUCCAAGUAUUUUCAAUAGUUAUUACUUCACUUGAUAAUUUAUCAAGUUUAUCUUUUAAUUUUAGCUACUAUUUAUCCUGGUCAUGUGAGCUUUCAUCCUUGUUGAGAAGGCUGAUUUAACAUAUAGAAGCUUUUGUCGCAGAAAUAUAUUGCUAUAGAGUGAAGGUAAAAGUGUCUUAAAUUUGUCAGGCUAGGCUGGAUAAACAUGGAAAACAGACUCAUGACAAAAGACUAGUGCCCGACCAAUUUAUCGGCGAGCGGAUUAAAUCGGCCAAUUAUAAUGCGUUUGAGACUAAUUGGUAAUCGGCCAAAACUCGCCGAUAUUUUCAGAAAUAAAAUGCGGGAAAGAAGAUUCGGUUUCACUUCGAAAAUGAUACGCCAACUGAAAAGUUCCCCGACUUAUCCUGUAGAUGGCGCAGCGACCUCAUGACAGUCUUCAGCAGGGGGGUAGUUGUAAACGCCUUUCUAGUCCGAGAUUGAUCAGUCGGUCUUCCUGUCAGCGUGAAGAGCAGUAGCCUGCAGUAUAUCUACAGUAUAUAUAUAUUUUUUAUAACUUCAUAAAAAAAAUUUAAAAAUGGGGCGAUUAAUCAGUAAUCGGAUCCCCCCCCCCCCCUAAUAAUCGGCAUCGGCCCCAAAAAAAUCCAUAUUGGUCAGGCCCUACAAAAGACUGCCUGAAAUCAAUGAAUCAGAAAGCCUGUUUUUUAUUCCGUUCAUGUAUUUACUCUGAACAUGUCACCACUUUCCCUUUGUGUUUGCUUAUUGAUAACUUUCCCUAUCCUUGUCCCGGGAAACCAUUAAGAGUAAGCUGUGAUGGAGGCAAAUUUUUCUCCUCUUACAGUCCUAGGCAUGAAGAUCAGUUUGCUAGUCUUGGUUAAUACCAUGCGCCUCAUGAAAUCUGUUGUGUAACUCGGUAGGAGUUUUCUGAAGUAAUCCUACACUCUCUUUACUACUGAUCCAUCAUAUUUUAGGUUUAACAGAAAGGGAAAAUAGGAAAAACACAAAGAGUCAAAGUGACAUUAGAAAUCUUUCAUCAAUGUAUUUCAUUUCAUAGUCACAAUGAUUAUACAGUGCAUUGAUCAACCUUUAAGUUUAUGAGUAUUUUUCAAAAUCUCUCUCUGCAAAAAUGAUUUUUAGUAAGGUUGAGUUUGGGAUUAUUGCUAAGAUUUCUUGUAAACUGCAUUGACAAAUCAAUCAAUAAUAAUCAAUUAUAGAUAAUGGACAUAGUUGCCAGCUGUUGCUCUAAUGAAAACAUUUGAAAAGCCUUUGACAUGUAUCCUAAUUUAUGGUGCUAAAACUGUUGAUUCCAUAAAGUUAUGCUCUAGAAAUAUCGUCAAGAAGACUGGGAGACAUUGUGCUUGUAAGCUGAAUUAUUAAAUACUUGUAUUUUAAUCUCCUGUGCCUCUCACAUAGAAGAGUUUUAACAGCUCCAGGAUCUAGUUUAAUAGUCACCUGUGGAUACUUACAGUAUACCUAUUCUCUCCCCAUCAUACAGAACUUCCGAGCAGACCCAGAGGAGUUUUUCACCAAGCUGGAGAGGAUAGGCAAAGGCUCUUUUGGGGAAGUCUUUAAAGGUAUCGACACUCGGACUCAGAAAGUUGUGGCCAUUAAAAUAAUUGACCUGGAAGAAGCAGAGGAUGAGAUAGAGGACAUUCAACAGGAAAUCACCGUUCUGAGCCAGUGCGACAGCCCCUUCAUCACAAAGUAUUAUGGAUCCUAUCUCAAGGUAAGCUGCCAUCAAAAGAAGAAAAGCAGCAAGUCAAUUUGUACAUCAGUGGAUGCAGUGUCAGUCAAACUGGCAAGUGUAUUACCUGUGUUAUAUCUCACAGAAUGCUCUAGAAGAAAUACACCACCAUUGCAGCAGUGUUGCUUCUAAAUAUUUAGAUGUUUCAUAUUUAUUUAUCCCAUUUUUUUCAUUUAGCAGCAGCUUCAUUUUCAAUCUAAACAAUGACUGAAACAUAUGUGCUUCUUUUUAGGUUGAGUAUCAAAACGUUCACAUAGGUGGUGGUGAACAGUGUGGUGAUCUCAUGUGUUUUUAGAGAAAACUACACUCUUACUCCCACCAUCAAACAGAUUCUUCAGUAUUUAUUGGCUGUGAAUGUAAACACUCCUCAAGUUUAAAUCCAGCUCUUUGCAUCACAGUUGUAAAUGUUUUCUCAGUCCCAGUGUGCUGAUGUGAAGAUCCAAAACAACAACCUACUCUUUGUUGGGGUAUAAUGUGACAGUUUACUCAUCCAUGACACUUAGGUACAAGUUCAAGUCAGUUUGCUACUAUUUUUGCUGUUAUCUCACCUUUAGAAAAAGAUCAUCUGAGGUACUAGUUCUCCCCCCAAAAAAUUGUUUUGGUAGUGCUUUGUUUUUUUGUUUCAGCUCAAGUAUGCUAGCCAGCAGAGGCUGACUGUCAGGCUCAAAAGACAGAUGAAUAUGUCUGUGCGCCAAUAUUGCUGCACUGAAGUCUGGUAUGUGGGAAAACUUCCAAAAUCAGUUGACAUGAAAGCGUCACAUGAAUGUGAAAUCAAGACAAGAGACACAGAGGAAUACCUCAGUGUCCAGGGUCAGGCUGCCUCUCACUACAGAUUCAGGAUACCCGAAGGAGAGGAGUAGAGACUCUUCUUAUUCUUAUUAUAGGUGAAGUUUAAGUAAAUAGAGACAAUCAGAUACUCUAAACCAGUGGUUCUCAAGUCCAGUCCUCGAGGCCCACUGUCCUGCAUGUUUUGGAUGUUUCCCUGCUCCAUCACACCUGAUUCAAAUGAUCAGCUCGUUAUCAAGCUCUGUAAUGGCUUAAUAACGAGCUGAUCAUUUGAAUCAGGUGUGUUGGAGCAGGGAAACAUCCAAAACAUGCAGGACAGUGGGCCUCGAGGACUGGACUUGAGAACCACUACUCUAAACUUUUUUUUUUUUUAAACAGAAAAUGUGGUUGCUAACCUUUUUAUACUUCAAAUCUACAGAAACUUGACUGAAAUCUAACUUUCCCAGUCAGCCGGGGUAAAAACAGGAAAAAAAAGCUCCAGUUUCUAAUGUUUGGAUCAGAUGUAAUGACAGCAACACUCAGUUGCAAACCACAUUUGUGUCUGUAGUAGAUUUUCUGGCACUCUACAUGUGAUGGUGCUUAGAGUGCCUUUCACAGCCUUUAUUACAGUACUUAACAGCAGUGAGGGGAGAAGUGGCGGUCCAUUAGCCCAAGACUGCUGCUGGCUGCAAAGAGAAUUAGGGCUUAUUUGUGUGUGGGGUGUAAACAAAGUUUAUCUGCUGUGAAUGUGCUUGUAUUUGAGUCUGGGCUGUAGGACUGUAAAGGCUCGUUUGAAGAUCUACAAUUAUUCUGAGCUCUGCAACAUAAUGAAAGAUUAAAAUAAAAUCUUCUUUUUUUUUAUUAUAACAGAACCAAAGUUUUUAACCUUUGAAUUUUAAUGGGUUUUUUUGUCUUAUGGCUGCACAAGUUACAAAAUUUGUACAAGCUUUCACUUCUUAAUAAACUGCUUGUGCCAGAAACAGAUAUACAUCCAUAUUUGACCAAAUCUGACCUGCAGACUUUCUCCUGACACUGUAGCUAUUCUUUUAAGUCCCCUGGCUGUCCUGGGGCUGAAGGUUGUCAUACUGUGAGGUAGGCCAGAGGGUCCUGCAGGGUUGUGCUUCGGGUGAGAGAUCUGAAGCAAAGAUACUGUUAAAGAGACAGAUGCAUACUCGUGUUCUUACAAGAACUUCAACUUACUUUUUGUGUUUCGUCCUACCAGCUAUAAUCUUACACACACAGUUUAUUAAGGCAGUUUAAGGAUUUCAAACCACCAGGGUUAAAACAAUUCACACUCCUCCUGAGUCAAAUCUGAACACAAAGAAAAAAGAAACUGUUUUUGAUCCAGUUUGUGUCUGUCUUGAUAUGUUAGCAUAAGGGAAAUGAGUAGUAGUUCAUGGGACUGAUAACCAGUAUUUGAAAGGAAUAUGCGUUUUCCUUUUACAUUGUAAAAAUGACAAAAUUUAGAAUUGGGAUGAUUACAAACUUCACAAAACUUUGUUCAAAAGUUUCCUGUGAGUAACUUUCAGUUUGUCACUCUUGGCGCCUCCACAGUAAACAAAUCAGUAUUAAUCUUGCUCUCUACAUACUUGAGCAGUGACUUGUGACAAAAGAGCUCAACCUGCUGACUUUUGACAGUGUGAUGUACAAUUUAUACCGAAUCAAUUCAUGUAGAAAUUGUAAAAACAGGGUGGUUUCUUUGGUUCUUGGCUGACAUCUACCCCCUUACUCUGGUGUCUGGCGUUAAAGAUUAGGAUAAAAAAAAUCAACAGUCUUGUCACUGAUGAUCUUGUUUGCUUUUGGGUAUCAUGAAAAAGUGUCAGUUUAAGUUUUAGUCCUUUUCAAAUGUCAAAAAAAAAAUCCUCAUACAAGCUGAAAAUGCCUCGAACAAAUGUCUAAUACAAUCUGUAACUCUGUAACCAUUAAAUACACAAGUUAACCAUCAGCAUAGAUCAGCAUGAGUCCUGCCUGCUGACUGUGAUGGGUGAGUUUGACAGAUACAGUAAAUUCAUUAAGAACUGCAACACAGAUCUAUGAAAUAAUGAAUUAAAAAGUGAAAUAAUUCUAUAGGUUUUUACAUUGAAUAAAAUGGUAUUUUAAUAAAUUAAUGACACAUUUAAUGGCACAUUUAUUAAUGGCACAUUCCCAUUUUAAUCAAUUUAUGGCAUAUUUAAUUAUUUAUUUAUUUAAAGAUGUAUUUAAAUAUUUCAUUCUGUCUCUUUUCGUCCUCCAUAGUUAGACGACAGAGACACUCUUGGAGCAAAACUCAAGCAUUAAAUCAUCUGUAUUUGUGAGGGACAAACUAAUUCAGGGAUUGUUAUGCCUGUGUAGCAGGGCUGUAUUUAAAAAGGAUGGUAAGAAAGAGUCUUAGUGCAGGAUCUCUUUGAUGUCUUUGAAUCCCAAGAGCUCAAAGAAACAAAUGUAAGUGCCGGGCUGUGGUGCUUCUUGUGGGUAAUAUUUGAGCGUGUGUCAGCAAGAGAAGCACGUACUGUCUGAGUAAGUUUGACAUCUUAAGUAGAUAGUAGAAACUUGGGGGUCAUAAUACACACACUCAGAUGACACAUUCACAGAUUAUUUUAGUCGCAGUGACAGUCUGGAUGUCAGGCAGAAAUACUCCCCACAGGUGAUUUUUUUAUUUAUUAAAAUAAAGAUGUCGUACUCGUGUAGGAAACAUGCAACUCUAAAUCCUCUGAGCACAACUGGAUCUGACAGCUGAGCUGCUUCUGGUGUUUCAGACAAGUUCAAGAUUCACUCUGGUUUAAUUCAGUCUGUACAACAAUGAGAGUAUUCACAGCUUUCCUGACACGGCAUCAUCUCAUGUCGCCAGAAUUUAAUCCACCAAUAUAUCUAGAGUUGGUAUCUUAGUUAAAAUGUGUAUAGAAAUGGUAAGCUAACCUGAUUUUGGUCACAUUAUGAAACAAUCCUCUGUUGUGAAUAUGAUGAUUUUGUCAUGAUCAGAUAUAUAACCUACAGAGCCGAGGAUUUACAGAAAGAUAAAAACACAACUUUCAGUCCAUUUGCACUAUUAUGUCAGCUAUGGGGUUCAUAUUUAUACAGAACACUGAAUUUGUGAGCUUUUGCAAAUUUAAAUGCCCCUAAAAACAACUGAUAUGAUGUAAAUAAUAACUGAUAACAACUUGAAGCCACAAAAAUACUCUGUUGUGUCGUUUUGAUUUGAUUUGUUUAGAAGCAUAUUAAGUAUAAGUUGUUAAGAUUGUCUAACCUGACCAGAUCACUGACUUAUUUUUCAGGGUACAAAGUUAUGGAUAAUAAUGGAAUAUUUGGGUGGAGGAUCAGCCCUGGAUUUGGUAAGUACAUACAGUCCUAAUGAAAUAAUGUAUUUUUUUGCGUGGCAAUAGUCCGUUUUUGUAUGUUUAAAACGUGUGAAAUUUUUGCCCGCUUACAGAGUGUUCUCACUCGUGCUCUGUGAUUUCUCUGUUCUUAGCUGGAACCAGGUGCUCUGGAUGAAACCCAGAUUGCCACGAUCCUGAGAGAGAUCUUAAAAGGGCUGGAGUAUCUGCACUCUGAAAAGAAAAUCCACAGAGAUAUUAAAGGUGACACAGGCACACACCAUUUCCUUGUUUUUUUUUUUUCUUCUUCCGAGCCUCGUAAACGGUUAAACCUUGACGUCAUAUUUUGUGGUGAUGGUAAUAACACUGAAGUGGUUUACUGGCAUCAGUGUUUACAAGCAGCAGAGGAAAUGUUUUACAAAAAAAAAGGUGGAUUACACAUAUUCAAUCUCAGGAUUCAUAUUUCUUUUCAGUCCAGUGUCUGAGUCAUGACUUUUGUAAAUGUCUGAGUGCUAGGUAAUGAAGAGCAGCUAUCUACUGAUGGAUUCCUGUCUUCACUUUGUGACUGUGUAAAGUCCUUAGAGACCUUUUUGUAUCUAUGCAAAACUUAAUUACCAGUUUGAUCAACAAAGAUCAAACCACACAGCAGGUUACAGUACAGUCUCGUUUAAAGCAGCUCAUGUUGUCUCUCUUGCUUUCAGCUGCCAACGUGUUGCUGUCGGAACAAGGCGACGUGAAGCUGGCAGACUUCGGCGUGGCGGGCCAGCUGACAGACACCCAGAUAAAAAGAAACACAUUUGUCGGUACUCCUUUCUGGAUGGCACCUGAAGUCAUCAAGCAGUCCGCCUACGAUUCAAAGGUCAGGCCGCUUGGUGUUUUACCACACACUGAAAGAAAAUCAUCAUUCUUCACAUGUUCAGAUAAAUGUCUUUCAUCCACAGUAAUGAACUGCUGUUGGCUGUUUUGUUGUGCUUAUGAAAUACAUCAAGUCUCCUGCCAGUCAUUUUAUAACACUGUUGCUUCUGAUCUUCUCUAUGAAACUGCAAAACAAAGCAGCGAAGAGUGAUUGGUUUAUCAGCUGGUCUGAAAAGCCAAGUGUGGAUUUACCACAUGCUGGGUUUGAGUGAAGAUCUGGAUCAGUGGGUGUUCCUUUAUUCCACUUAUUUGAUGUCAGUGAAGUUUCACAGUCAAAUGUAUGCUGCUGAGGCUGUUUCUGUGGAUAGUAACGACUUGUAUUGGACGUAAUAGUGACAAUAUGUCAAGUCAAACAGUCCAUGAUAGAUCUGGGCUCAAAUUUGAAAUGAAGGUUUCACUUUGCCUCCACAAGAUUAUUUGAGUUCGCUCGAACAGUCAGAGAGAGGUGAGGUGAGUCAUAUGACAGCUGUUUUGAUGAAGAGGUCCAGCACAGGUUGAAGUCAUGUGCUGGCAUAAGACACUAUCACUAAAGGGUAGUUCUGAGCUUUUUAGCUUCUCUGUUUUCAAGCUGUAUAAAAAUAUCAAUAUCUAAAGGAGUGUUUUGUUUAAAGGUGGUGAAAAGUACAAUCAAAAUGAAAAACUCUGCUCUCUUUUUUGUGUUCUGUUGACCCAUGUGUGCUUGUUUUUGUCAUGAGUUUCUAAGGCCGGGUUUCAAGACUAGAGCGAGCAAGUGCAUAUUUUGGGGAUGGCCACAGUAUGAGUCAGUGUGGCUUCUCAAUGCAGCCACUAUGUCACAGUCCUCAGUCUGCAGAGCUUCCUCUAAUUCACCCAUGCUGCUUAAAUCAGCCACUUUAAAUGUCAUUCAGACAGCUCUGUGUCACUCUGUCUAUUUCUGGAGAAGUGUAUGUGUGUGUGUGUGUGUGUGUGUGAGUGAGUGCAAUGCUUUAAUAACAACAGGAUUUGUUUGUCUUUGUUUUACAGGCAGACAUCUGGUCAUUAGGAAUUACAGCAAUCGAGCUGGCUAAAGGAGAGCCGCCCCACUCUGAGCUUCAUCCUAUGAAGGUCUUAUUUCUCAUCCCAAAGAACAACCCACCAACUCUGGAAGGAAACUACAGCAAACCACUCAAAGAGUUUGUGGAAGCCUGUUUAAACAAGGAGCCGAGCUUUGUAGGUUCAACAGACUUGUUUACAUGAUUGGGAGCAGUAUUGCGCUUUAUUAUUAAAUAUAGACUGAUAGUUUCUAUGUUUUUUCUCAGAGGCCAACUGCCAAAGAGCUGUUAAAACACAAGUACAUUGUAAGGCAUGCCAAAAAGACGUCAUAUCUGACAGAGCUGAUUGACAGAUACAAGAGGUGGAAAUCAGAGCAGUCAAGGGAUGAAUCCAGCUCUGAAGACUCUGACGAGUAAGUCCUCCCUUGGAAUAUUAAAAGGAGGAAAGCCGUAAAAUUCACAACCUGAGGCAAAUCAGGCAGCUCUGUUGUUGAUGUUGUUGUUGACACGUUAUUUUCUGUCAAACCUGUGUGACUGCAGGGAGUCAGAUGGCCAGGCAUCUGGAGGAGAUAAUGCUGCGAACGACGAAUGGAUCUUCAACACCAUCAGGGAGAAAGACCUCAAGAAGAUGCAGAACGGGGCGGCACAGCCGGCCGAGCUGGAAAGACAACAAGACAACCAGGUGCAGGAGUGUCCAAAGAGGCCUUUGUCACAAAGCUUAUCAACAAUCUUCUCUCCUUUGUUUACUGAGGUAAUGUCCUAAAGUGAAAUCAAAUCUGAACAUCACUAUCAGGACAGGAUGGUUAUCACACAGACUGAUCUGCAUCAUGUGCUCAAAUGCUUUUAUUUUGUCUAUUAUUCCUCUUAUUUUUGAAUAUUUGAGAUUCUGCGGUUCCUUAAAAGCUCUCAUUGUUGCAGUUAAAAGAAAAGGGGGAGACCAGUAAUGGAAAACCUGAGGCUGCAGAGGAGCUGCGAGAGGCCAUUUUCCUGGCAGAAGAAACACACCCAGGGAUCUGUGACUCCCUGGUAGCUGAACUAGUGCAGAGACUUCAGAGGUAAUGUGGGUGCCGUUUUCAUUGCAUCAUUGUAAGAUUGUUUUUUGCAUGGAAAUGUUUGACACCCUGAUUAAAGUAAAAAAAAGAUAUUUGUGUGGUUUUAUGGAGGUUUGCUCAGAAGAGAAAUAAAAUCUGUCUCUGGUUUUUCUCAGGUUUUCUGUGCCACAUGCAGCUGCUGCCCACUGAGAGCAGCGUCAUCCAGCUCUGCUCUUAAUUCUCCACCCUGGUGGUAGCAGUCAGAUCUUUUCCUCUGACCUCCACAGCCGGGAUGAAGUCUCCCAGGAAGGUCUCCAUCACUCAUUUGCCUGAAGCAAACCCUGGCCUACUUAAUGUCUGUUUAUACGCUAGCACACCACCAGAGGGUCCUGUUCAGGACAGUGAGUGGCCAGCUUGCUGUAAGAUGUCCCUUCUCAAUACCUCCACCACAACUGGUUUCAUUUUCGGCUUUCUCUGCGAGGACUCUUGAGUUUUUGGUUUUAGUGGCUUUUUACACAAAAGGUUUGCACUUGGCAUCCUUACAGAGGAAAUUCUUUGCUUAAUUAAUUGUGUGCAUGUGUGUGCGUGGCUGCGCGAAUAUCCUGUGAAACGUGUGGUGAGAGGAGUGACGAGUGGGUUGAAGCAUUCUAUUGAAAACUCAGGUAUCCUGCUUUAAGUGGACUGGGGCCUCUGGGAGAUGGAACGAGCUCUUUAGGGUGGCUGUACAGACUUGUAAAUAAGCUAAUUUCUACAGAUUCAUGACAAAAUAAAGAAGCGUUUCUAAUGGAACCACUGUGUACAAAUGGCCAAAUGCAAACUGUAGAUAAUGGGUUUGAGGUAAAUAUUUUGAGAGACUAAAAACGGCCAUAUAUGAGAUUGCCUUGCCUUUUUACUCGUUCUUUUGUAUAUCAGUCUUUGAUUUCUCCAGUUGUAAAAGUUUUUAAGUAUCAUCCAGUGAAUGACAUGGCUGCCCUUUAGCGUGUUUUACUUUGAUUUAUGAUCCGUUUUUCUCCAGCGCUUUGGUUUCAUACUCUUAUGCUGUGGUUGUACUUAUUUCAGAGAAUGUAAAAACAAAACCAGGCUGGACCGCUGAAGCCCCCGACCAGUUCUGAACACUGGAUACUCUGUCGUCUGACUCAUUUGACAUGGCCUAGAGCUGUGCUGGUCUGUCGGACUUUGCCUAACCUACAUUUUUUCCUUCUUUGCUGUGUUUUUUUUUUUUUUUUUCUUGACAGGUUAGAUAAACCGAGGUCUCGUCAUUCAUUCAUUCCAUUGACAGGGCAGUGCCAUCAUCUAGUUUCUUAAUCAGCAGACUCUCUUAGUCUUCCUAGGAGCUGCACUGGUACUAUCUAUCUCCUCAGCGUACCUACAGCUUUAAUUGCACUUCAAGUAUAAAUGCCUUUGACUAUAAACAAAGUAGCCAUAAAACAGUAGCAUGAGACUUAGUAUUUUGCAGGUAUGCUAUCUGGGAUUUAAAAGAAAGUCCCUCCCUGAAGUCUCACAGCUUGGACUCUGGAGUUGGUCAUGCAUUGUCAAACUCGCCUGGCUGGGCUGUAUCUUUCUGUUCAGACUUGUGAGAGUUCUUUUAGUUGUACAGUAAAUGCAUUCAGGCUUCUCACAUUAAGUAGACGACCCUGCUGUCAGUUGUACAUAUUGACAUAAAAGCCAGGAGGUGUUCAGAGACCAGCGGCACUGCUACUUCUUCUAACUGUAGUUUGAAAGGAAUGCGCAUGAUAGUAUGAGAGAAGAAAGCCUAUCGGGCAGCCUGAGCAGUGUGUGUUGUAGCACGCUGCUGCAGGGCUGGAGGAAUGUGGAGUCCUGAACAGAGUUGAAUCAGCCUUAGAGUAUUUGUGGUGAAUGAGGUAAAUAGCAUCAGCUUUAAAAUGUUGGAUCAAAUGUUUUUUCUUUUCUUAUUUUUUAGUGAUUUAUUUCCCCCCUCCUUCUCACAUUAAUAUGAAUUUGCAGCAAUACUUUAAAAGUGAUCAAAAAUGUUUCUUUCCAGAAUGUGAACAAGUAGACCCGAGGACUUUUGAUAAAACUCUUUAAGAGUGGGAUGAUGUUUUGCUACAGGGCAAUACAUGGUACAAAGUUAAAAGAAAAUCAAAGCUAGAGCUCAGCAGAUAUGAUAAAAAAAUAUAUAAAUAUGAUAAUCCACACUCAAGGAGAGAAAGAGACAGAAAAUACAUGCUUUUACAAGUGUGCCCCUCAUUUAUAAAGUUAUAACAAAGAGUGGAAAAAGAGAAACAGCUAGUCUGACUUUUUCCAAACUCUGUGAAUCGAUAAGCACAUCUGAGACUGAUUUUUUUUUUUACAUAUCUGGUCCAACACACACAAAACUGAGGGUAAAAUGAGAGGUCUGCCUUAUCUCACACACUUAGGCUUUGGAUAUUUUCUUGGUGCAACAAGUCACUUCCUGGUGAGGUGCUGCUCAUAGAAUGUGUUACUUUGACAUCGGAGUGUGUUUUUUUCUUUUUUGUAAUUUACAUGAUGUAAAGCCUUUAAGGUGGAUUUUGUACAAUCUGGACAGAAGCAUCUUGGCUGUUCCUGCUCUACCCAGGUUUUUUUUUUUUCUUAGCUGAACCAAGCUGACUGACUCCCAACUGUAGCUUCAUGCUUUCUCCAUAAAGCGAACUAAUGUAUGUCCCAAAGUUGAAACUAUUCCCUGAACUUCUUUGUAUAUAAUUUAAACAGAACAUCUCCCCCGUUGUCCUCUGCUGUUUACCUUUGGUUCGUACACAUUUGAAUAGAAACCAAAUCAGGAAGAUGCAUCAGACUGUUAAUUCCUCAUUGUAAAUGCUUCUGUAUGUCAGUUUUCCUCUGUGAAAAUCAGCUCUUCAUUGAAGCUUGUCCUGUGAAAUGUGCCAUGUGAGGCUCACAGCCCAACUGGGACACAUUCAAAACAAUUAGCACCUUUAAAACCAUGCUGUUCUGAGUCUUUCUCUUAUUUGUUGCACUUUGCAGAUUUAUUUUGGUUUUAAAAAUGGUACUUUAAAGAAGCUGCAUUCUCAUGUUGCAGUUCCACCAGUUUGACUCUCUUUCAUCAUCUCCCUCUUUGUGUGUUGUAUGGCAAUAAAGCAGUGUGGACGCCAGGAGUCAUUUCUCAGCACAAGUAGGCAUAUAUUCUAUUGAACUAUUUUUAUAACCCAAAUGAGCAGUAUUAUGUAAUUGAGGGCGUAAAGUUUGGUUCAGUGAUGUGUUUAAGUUUUAGUAAACACUGGAGAGCAAUCACUUAAAAUGUACAUUUCAUUUUGUGUGUCUUUGCUGACAGUUUUAUAGUCCAGUAUACAUUUUUGCAAAUUCAGGACAGUGCUGUUGGAUCUAUUGAGAGUUGUCAAAUGAUUACAGAAAAUAAAAUCCAGUGCAAAUUUGAUGAACAGCUUUGCCGUUGUUUGAAUUGUCCUCAUUGUUUCAUUAGGUGGGAUUUGGAAAACACAUAAACCUUCAUUUACCCACAUAUAGAAAAUUGGCUUAGUUUAUGCACCACUGUAUUCCCACCCUGGUUUAGCUUGAUUUGUACAGUUACCUACACAUAUAGAGAAAACACUUUGAACACAGCCCCUUACCCUGACUCCA